AAUGGCUAUGCCCUAAUCGGGUUGGCUGAAAGUUGUGACCAACCCGAUUACGUCAAGCUUGUCAAAGCACUUUGUACCGACCACAACAUUAACUUGCUAACUGUUCAAGAUGCCAAAACACUCGGUGAAUGGGCCGGUCUAUGCAAGAUUGAUUCGGAGGGCGGGGCCAGGAAAGUUGUUGGAUGCUCCUGCAUUGUGGUGAAGGACUAUGGUGAGGAGACAACCGCACUCAAUGUGGUGAGGAAGCACCUCGAGUCUCAGUAA